UUUAACUUUGUUGGAAGAAUCCUUGGGCCCAGAGGACUAACAGCUAAACAGCUUGAGGCAGAAACAGGAUGCAAGAUAAUGGUCCGAGGGAAGGGCUCAAUGAGGGACAAAAAGAAGGAAGAACAGAACCGAGGCAAACCCAACUGGGAACACCUGAAUGAAGAUUUACAUGUACUUAUCACUGUGGAGGAUGCUCAGAACAGAGCAGAAAUAAAACUGAAGAGGGCUGUUGAAGAAGUAAAAAAGUUACUGAUACCUGCA